GACACAUUGCUGGGUACUCACACUCCACUCAGUGGAGAUAGCCUUUGGCAAGUCUGCCCGACCCGAGUCCUGGCCGCCGGCUCCCAGGGCCACCCCCUCACCAGCUUCCCCACGGCCGGCGCGAGGAGAUCCCCCGCCCCUGCCUCCCGCCGCUGCAGCGAGUUCUACCUCUCUCAUGUCUCCUUACCGCUGCAGCAAGAACCAGACCUUCCCCUGCCUCCCUACCGCUGCAGCGAGUUCUGUCCAGCAAAGAUCACGCCCGCAACCCAAUUGAUGGAUCCACAACACCGGACUCCUCCUCCUGCGCGAGAAACCUAUGAAUCGGAGUAAGUGCAGACGGACGCCGGCGUGCUUCGACGGGCAGUGUUGCGAGCAUCCAGCAAUGGAUGGUCGUCGUCCCUCCCCACCUCGCUCGUCGUGGCCUAUCGGAGAAUCCCGCCCGGCAAAUCGCUCAUAUCCUUCUGCUUCCGCGCCUCUCCAACAGGUCCGCAUCUCUAUAAGGUUCGUUAGUUCCCCUCUUAUCUCCACCCUUGCGAAAUCCCCAAUAUCCGAAUCUGGGUAGCUUAUAUGACUUUUCCAAAUUGUCAAUAAGUUGGUAUCAUGCACAUCCCACAACUGAUACCAUGAUUUUUUUUAUUGUGGAGAACUCCCUGAAGGUGCUGAUGGAGUUGUAAACUUUUUCGCCGAUGCUGACAUACUUGCAUACAUCCCGACUGGCCAAAUGACCACGGUGAGAAAUCUAUGGAGGUUUGUUUCAUAGUGGAUGUAUUCUGCGGAGUCUGCUAAGGCUUCAGGGAAUGAUAACUUCAGGUUAAUUCUAACUUGGCUAAGCUCCACCCUUUUUAUAAGCAACGGGUCCUCACCCAGCCACACACCCUGAGCUCUGCAACAUCAGGAAUGUCCAACUGCAAAAUGAGCUUCUGGGUUCUCAUCAUGGACAACCGAGCGUGCAAUCUCAUGUAGCUGGUGCAAGUAUUUUUCUUGAAGUAAUGUGAGCUCCCCCUCUAGAGAAAAUGGUAAUUGUUCCAUCAGUGUCUUCUGUCUACCAUGAGUAUGCAAUGAAAAGCCAAAAUACCAGUGGUUAUCUUCAGGUUAAUAUGAAUGAAGAACUGAGCAACGGUUGGUGAGACAUAGGGAACAUGUUUUCACAUAUGCCCAAAUCAUGAUAAGUGAGCAACAAUGAUAGCAGGAUCGUGAUUUGGUGGUCGAGCCGAUGGCAUCCACUGGUUCCACUCCGCCGAGCAGGCCAGACGUAAGGUCUUCGCCUCCAGCAUCCAGUGAGGGUGUUAGGGGCUUAGGGCGCACAGUACAGGUUCUAGUUCCAGGUCGGCUGCCCCACCACCACCACAGGCAAACACGGCUGCGAACCCAUUGCGUUUUGAUGCACGGACUAUACUUUUUUCCAUAAAUGCAUGGGUACUGAUGCUUCCGAUUUUGCCAAAACAUCUUGCGGACAGAGCUUGCAAGCUUUCGUUGCUGGGAACAGUCUUAUCCUCGGGAUAUUCUUUAUACAGUACCUAUGGGCGAGAAGUUUUAUCAACAAGGCCUGGAGGAUUAGGCUUGCCAUGGACAUGGCAGCGACAGUCAACCGCAGCCUUGCAUCGAUGCACCGGGCUUACUUCUCCGCUUCAGGGGUAUCAGGGAGGCAUUGGUAUCGGAUACUGUAUCCGACACGCACACGAGCAUCAGGCUAGGCAUCCAUGCUGCAGAGGUCACGAGAUGGCCCAUUCUGGAGGACCACUAACUACAAACAAGGCUGCCGUGUUAGCGAAGUUCCUCGAGAGAAAACUUCAGCAACCUGAUGGGUUGGAGUCUCUGAAUCCUGAUAUUGUAAAUUUGGCUGUGAAAAAUGCAAAGGAAACUAUUAAGGCUAGCAAGGGUGAGUCAUCAACUUCUGGGAGAGUAGUACGGCAUGUUCCAUCAUUUGAGGAUUCCUCUGAGGUUACUGAUCAAGAGGAGCAGAGGAAGGCAAAGAAGAAAAAGAAGAACAAGAGAAAAACAAAGGCUGCGAAAGAGUCCAAGCUCAACAAAACAUCAAAGAAGAAAAAGUUAUCACUAUGAUUCUCGAAUCUUGCUGCAUUAGGGAGCUAAAAGCAGGCAGUUGUCGAUACCUUUUGCGUUUCUUAUAUCUCUUGAUUCCGCAGAACCUCCUUCGGUACUGUAAACCUAGCUGUGAUCCAUAUAUCCUGAAGGGGGCCCCUCACAGUGAACAAGAACACCUGGGAGAUCCCCAGGGGCAAAACAGAAUUCAGUCGGUCUGGUCUAGCGGUCUGCUUUUGCCAUUAGAUUUACUCGCGAAAGUUCCAUGUAUUCUGCACUUUAUUGCUGUUGCCAAAUGCUAUAUAUAUACACUGAAGCGCAAUGAUGCAGAGAUGUUCAACUUGA